AUGCCGGAUGAAGAAGAGGAGGAGAAAGAGAUUGAGGUGGAAGAAGCUGUCAAAGAAGAGGAAAAUAAAAGUACUUCAAAGUCAAAGAAACCCAUAGAAACCGAAGUAAAAGUCACACCAGCUCCAUUUCCUUCAAGGCUAGCAGGCACCAAAAGAGAACAGGAAGAUGACGAAAUCAUGGCCAUGUUUCAAAGAUAUGCUAAGUUCCUUAAGGAACUUUGCACAUCUAAGAAAAAGCUUAAAGGAAAUCAAACUGUUAAGGUUUGUGAAAAUGUUUCAGCCGUGUUACAAAAACAGCUACCAAAAAAAUGCAAGGAUCCGAGUGUUUUCACGGUUCCUUGUAAAAUGGGUAACCUUUUUGUACCACGUGCCAUGCUUGAUUUUGGAGCAUCAAUUAAUGUCUUACCCUAUUCAAGCUAUAAGACAAUGGGAAUUGGACCUAAAACAAAAACCAGAGUUAUCAUUCAACUUGCCGAUCGGUCUUUGGUACACCCGAAAGGUGUAUUGGAGGACGUGUUGGUGCAAGUUAAUGAACUUGUAUUUCUCGCUGACUUUUAUGUUUUGGACAUGGGUGAUGAAAACACCCCAAAAUCGAGCUCCAUCCUUUUGGGGAGCCCUUUUAUGAGUACUGCAAAAACAAAAAUAGAUGUAGCCAAUGGUACUUUGUCUAUGGAGUUCGAUGGUGAGGUGAUUAACUUUAAUAUCUUUGAAGCCAUGCGUUAUCCUAGUGAUAUCCAUUCUUUAAACUUCAUAGAUGUUAUUGAUUCAUGUACUAAUGAUUGCUUUGAGAUGUCAAGACAAGACGUGCUAACCACCAUCUUGAGCAAACACUUUGAUGAGACAGGGAUUAAGAAUUUGGCUGACAAGUACACAUUGGAGGAUGAAUUGAUUGAAGUAAUCAAUUCCUUGGAAAAAACACAACCCAUGAGAGUUGAACCAUCCCAAAUGAAGCUAAAAAGUUCCAAUCUGAAACUUCUCCCAUCCAUAGUACAACCACUGAAUCUUGAGUUGAAGGCUCUUUCCGACCAUCUCAAAUAUACCUACCUUGGAGAGGAAGAGACAUUACCGGUGAUAAUUUCAACCAAGAUAGCACGAGAAGAAGAAAAAGAGUUGAUUGGAAUUUUGAAUAAGUACAAGGAGGCUAUUGGUUGGACCAUUGCGGACAUAAAAGGGUUGAGUCCAUCAUUAUGCAUGCACAAAAUAUUGAUGGAAGAGGACUUCAAGCCAACCCGUGAAGCCCAAAGGAGAUUGAAUCCACCGAUGAUGGAGGUAGUGAAAAAAAAGAUUAUGAAGCUCUUGAAUGCAGGUGUAAUUUAUCCCAUUUUUGAUAGUAAGUGGGAAUGUUUGCAAAAUCUCACCAAAAUCUUACAAAGGUGCAUUAACACAAAUUUAGUCCUCAAUUAUGAAAAAUGUCAUUUUAUGGUUGACAAUGGCUUGAUACUUGGACAUGUGGUGUCACAAAUAGGUUUAGAAGUUGACAAGGCCAAAAUUGAUGUUAUUAAGAGCUUACCAUACCCGACGAAUAUUCGGGAAGAGGCUGAUUUUAAGUUUGGUGAUGAAUGUAAGAAGGCAUUUGAUCGUUUGAAAGACUUUUUGACAUCCUCCCUCAUUAUUCAACCGCCAAAUUGGGAUCUUCCAUUCGAGAUCAUGUGCGAUGCUAGCAAUACCGCGGUUGGGGUGGUUUGGGACAAAAGUGCACAAAGAAACUACACCACAACGGAGAAAGAGUUGCUUGCUAUUGUCUUUGCUUUAGAGAAGUUCCGACGGUACCUCCUUGGAACUAAAGUGAUCAUAUAUUCGGACCAUGCAACCAUAAAGGACUUACUUACAAAGAAAGAUUCGAAGCCAAUGUUAAUACGGUGGAUGCUGCUUUUGCAAGAGUUCGAUAUUGAGAUCAAGGACAAGAGUGGGAAGGAGAAUUUAGUUGCGGAUCAUCUAAGCCGCAUUGUAUCACCCGAAGAUGGUAUACCAAUCUAUGACACAUUUCUUGACGAGCAUCUAUUUGUAGCCACAGAAGCACCAUGGCUGGUGUUUGGAAAAGCAUGUCAUCUUCCGGUUGAGCUUGAACAUAAAGCUUUUUGGGCUGUAAAGAAAUUCAACAUGAAUGAAGAUAAGGUGGGAAACAAAAGGAAGCUAGACAUUCAAGAGUUAGAGGAGAUUCGAAAUGAUGCGUAUGAAAGCAACAUGAUUUACAAAGAAAAGACAAAAGCGUACCAUGACAAAAUGAUAUCCCGAAAGACUUUUGUGCAAGGACAAAAGGUUGGUCCUUUCGUGGUCACAAGAGUGUUUGACCAUGGUGCGGUGGAAAUCACGAGCAAGCAAACUGGUAAAACAUUAAAAGUUAAUGGUCAUAGAUUAAAGGCGUUUUAUGAAGGAUUCAAGGUGAAGAAUGAAGAGGUUGAUGUGUUGGAGAACCCCACAUACCAAGAAUGA